AUUAAAGGAAGCUAGUUGUCUUCUCUUUUGUAUAAACGUUACUAAGGAUUUUCGUCCUUUUUUCGUUAACAAAGUUUAAAUGAAUGCUGUCUUAUGAAAUAAUAUUCUUUACAUCCAAAGAAGUAAAAUCAUAGUUUGGAGUUUGAGCAAAAGUGAGACUGCUGUGGUCUUUAUAUCGAAAUGGAAGUCGGAGAACCCAUGAUUCCUACAACUGGAAAGUUUGUUUGGAAGGAAGACCCGAAUAACAAACUUGGAGCUCUUGAAUUCAUUUCAAAUAAUCCAAAUGCAGACAGAGAUCGCAGAAGAAGGAAAACAAACGAUGCAAACAAGAGGAAUGACAGAGGAGGCUCCAGCGUUGCCCGUAACAACGCGAAGGGCAGAGGUCGCCUCAACCAGCCAAAGUCUGCCCAGGCUGGCAUCAAGCCCUCUGAAAGUCAUACAUACGUGACACUGGAUGAUGUCAAAAAAAUCGCACUGGGCAAACUGAUGGAUGAGAAGUUGUAUGAAGACAUUGAUCAGUUUGAUGGCUUGUAUAGGAAUAAAGAGUUUGACAAUUUCCUGAGAUUUCUGCUCACCUACUUUGACUGCUUCUUUGAAAAGUUGCAACAGGAGCAAAAGCAGAAGACCUCCACCUAUAUAGAGCCCAGUCUGUCGGAGAAGAAAGCCUAUGCUGACUCUCUGGUGAAGCUGGAGGAGGCUGAGAAAUAUCUGGGGCAGACGUACUGUGUGCUGGUCCUUGGCCUGGGACUGCAGGAUGAGCAUCACAUGCAAUGUGGCGUGAAACGUGUAUCCGCUACCUACAAGGACAGAGACAUGUUUGAGACAAUGUACACCUUCUGCACAUAUGUUGUUCAAAUCACCUUUAAGCAGUACCCUAGAGAUGACACUGUCAGGAAGGAAGUCGGCAGAAUUUUGAGGUCAGACACAUUCAAUCCUGCAGUGCGAGCAAAGAAUUUUCCAGAAGAGGUUCUGUAUGAGAAAGUGGGCAAACAUCAGGUGAAAGUUUGGAAAAAAGUCACACCUGCUGAGUACAGACGGACUCACACGAAACGGCCAGCUAUAAAAUCUAUAAUCCAUCAGCGUUCCCCGGCCAUCGUGUCAAUCCUGCCAUCUGCUAAGGAAGAGGCCUUCUGGCUGUUCAAGCGCACUAGACCCCUCUCACCCAAUUCCCUGGCUAAGAUGGGCAAGGAGGAGGAGGAGAAGGAUGAAAACACCCUUGUCUACAUUGACAAGAAAAACUUCAAGAUAGGCAUCAUUGGUGACCUGCUGCGUAACUACACGCAGACAUUGACUCCACUAGGAGCGGAAAAUGAGGAGGAGGAGGGAGAGGGUGAGGAGGGAGAGCAGAAACAGAUGGAGAACAUGAAACCUCCAACAGAUCAUCAUGCCAGUAGAAGUCAGACAGCUGUGUCUGAGGCAGUUACAGAGGCUUUCACAGAUAAAUAAAAUUGUCCUGGUGUCAAUUUUGCAGAUACGUUUCGGACGUACUAAAGAGUUAAAAAAGCACAUAUUGAACGAGUGAGAUAAUGUUAUUUAAUUGUAUUAAUUUUUUUUUAAAUGUCAUAGUUGUCUAGACAACUUUGAGUGGAAAAUCAUAUAUUGCAAUAGCUGAAAAGAUGGAUAAUGUGAUUUUUCAACACAUCAAAAGGCUGAAGAUCGUCUCUUGAUGUGACCGUUAUAUUAAAAAUUAUUUAUUUUUAAUGCAUUUUUAAUUUUUAUUUUUAAUGCAUUUUUAAAACACAAACAACUUUUACUUUGAUUUGCAAUUUGUCUUGCUUUACUUGUUAAAUGUUCUUGCUUUUUUAUGCGAAUUGAAGUUAACUUCACCUGUCCACCAUUCAAUUGCUUUGAAAAUUAUCAUUAAACAAUUAAUUGCUUUUCCAGUUAUGCUUUUUUUUGCCAAAACUAUUAUCUAAAUGUUUAAAGUAUCAUUCCUGUUGCUUAUAUUAUAGAUAGUUUUAACCUUCAUUAUUUCCAUGUUUUUGGUUUUGUCCAUGUUUGCCAAUUUCCAAUUUUAUUAACUUUUAGCUUGUACAUGCAAGUUGCAAAAUGAAACUCUAGUUUGUUAUUUUAUUUGCUUGGCAUUUAUAUAAUUAGUCAAUACAUUUGCACAUCUGUCUGUGAUAAAUAUUCAAUGCAUGUUUAAUGUGUAAACAUAUAUAUUAUUUUCUUUCACUUAGUGAUUAAACUGUUUUGCAAACA